AUGGCGGAUAAARAGGUCGUACCCCAGCAUGUCGAGGAUAACAAUGCUACUUUACCACCAGGCAGGACAUCAGUCGAUCCUUCGGCCCAAAGCCUAAAAGCAAAGAGCGAUGAACUCGUCGACGCGGAGAUCCUGGACAAGCAAGUGGCUUACAUUCCUCGUCCCGAGGAUCAGAUCGAUGCAUUGGGGAUACCGGAAUGGAGAACCCUCGAGAAGAAAUUGGUCAGACGCCUGGAUAUGACGCUGAUGCCCUGCUUGUGGACGCUUUAUCUGUUCAACUAUCUAGAUCGUGCGAGUAUUGCCCAGGCUCGUCUUAAUACGCUCGAAGUGGACUUGAAUCUGGACGAAGAAAAGGACCAUUACCAGACUGCUGUGAUGAUUUUGUCUCUCGGUUAUGUACUUGGUCAGAUUCCUUCGAAUAUGAUCAUUGGACAUCUUCGACCCAGUCUGUACCUCUGCCUCAUGGCGAUUGUGUGGUCGGGCGUUUCCGCAUCCAUGUGUGGUACAACCAAUUUCACCGGGCUAGUCCUUGUGCGCUUCUUCCUUGGUGUCGUGGAAGCACCUUUACUCCCAGGAGCUGUCUAUUUGAUGGGUUGUUGGUACACCCGCAGAGAAAUGGCCAUGCGAGUGGCCAUCUUAUACACAGGGCAGACUUUGGCGUUCUGUACGGCCGGGCUGAUCGCUGCGGCUGUCUUUGGCACUCUCGACCAGAAAUACGGCAUCGCCGGUUGGAAAUGGCUAUUUAUUGUCCUGGCCGUGUGUGGUACUGGACUGGCUCUGAUUGCUCUAUUUAUCCUGCCCGACUACCCACACUCGCAGACCGGUAGCGCCAUGUGGACCAUGACGGAAGAUAUGCGCCAGCUCGCCGCAGCACGUAUCGCCGCCGAUCGUGUCUCUACUUCGGAAGCCAAAUCAGGGGUAUGGGCGGGUCUCAAAAUGGCCAUUUUCGACUGGAAAAUGGUCCUACUCGUCGCCCUCAACAUAGGAAUCAGUGCCGCCUAUGGCUUCUCCAAUUUCUUCCCAAACAUUGUGCGGGGUUUCGGAUACAGCGAUGUAGUCACCCUGCUGCUGACUUGUCCACCCUACAUUUUUGCCGCUAUAGGCUCGCUUAUCAAUGCCUGGCACUCGGACAGGACCUCUGAACGUGGCUAUCAUUUUGCUAUUCCUAUCGCGGUUGGCUGCACCGGCUAUGUCAUCUGUCUGGCCACACUCAAUGGAGGUGCACGAUAUGGUGCAUCUUUCCUGUACGUUGGCGGCAUGUACACGGCGAACCCGCUGAUCAGCACCUGGGUUUCGAGCACCAUGGGGCGGACGCCGGAGAAUCGUGCCGUCGCCGUCGCUCUUUGCAAUGUCCUCGGCCAGAUUGGUAAUGUCAUCGCCCCGUACUUUUUCCGGGACUCGGAUCAGCCUCGCUACCAGCUAGCUUUUAUUCUCAUGAUGGUCUGUGCGGUCGUUGCCAUUUCGGCGACCAUGGGGUUGAAGUUCCAUCUCAAGUACUUGAAUAGACGGCUCUAUCGAAAGUCGUUGCUCCACGGUACGGUCUAUCAGCCUUAUGUUACGUAG